GGCAGAGCAACAAACCCAUUUCCUCGAUUUCUACCGACAGGGAGACGAACGCCGAGAGCAAGACGUCCGUUCUGUUGGGUUCGAAACCGCAUACUUCCUUCGCAGCGCGGACUCGGACACUUGACCUGUUGAUUGCAUCCCAACCAUUUUCGACCGACCCAAUGGCUACCUAAUCUUUCAAGGCAGUCGUUUGGAAGAAAGAUUGCUCACUUAGCUUUUGCCUGGGAUAAUACCAGUGUCUGGAUCCGUCCGCUGCUUUCUUGGAUUGUCACAGCAUCAAGUCUGACCACAAUGGGGCCCUCAACUUCCGAAUACAUCUUCAUUCGAGCCUGUAUUACAUUUCUUCACUGGAUAGCUCCAUUGAGCAUCGCCCUCUCAGUCGCCACAUUCUGCUACAGACCCAGCAGGUCAGAAGGAUUCUCUCUGCAAGCCAUCCUCAUCAUCUGGGCCCUUCUGGAAACCGCUUUCUACGUUGUCGUUUUCCUUCCACUCAGACGGCAUCUCCAAAAACCUGCGUCGCAUCCUAAGCUCGUGCCUUAUGAACAACGGAGGCAAGAGUUCAUACGUUGCAUGGGAACCGUGCCUGACCUAGAUCAAUUCUUGUCGAAAUGGUUCAGGGACAGUCCGCUCUCAGAAAUCAAGAGGGAGAAUGUCAAGGAGUUUCUGCGAUGGGCGUUCCUAGACAUAGAUGAUAUUGACGAGACAUACGAGGAAGAAGUCGAGGAAUAUGUCCAGAUGAUAGAGAAAACCCACCAAAGAAAGUUUGAACCAGGGCGUGGCAACGCAAUGUGCAUUCGAUUGACCUUCGAUGAAGUCAACUUGUUGCAUCGGAGUCUUUUCUGGUACUUGUGUGUGUUUGUCGUUGACUGUUCGACCUCGGUGCGAUUGUUUUAUCACGGAUUUGACUACCAUCGCACGCCUCUUCGUCGCUUCUUCUCGGUGUUUCCUCUCAGACCGCAUAACGCUAUUGCACUGAGAAACUCGACCUCUGACAUCCUUACCUACUGGCAUCGGCCGCACAACUCCAAGACUAGGCUGCCCAUUGUCUUUGUCCAUGGUAUAGGGAUUGGUUUAUAUCCUUACAUGGACCUCCUCGGAGAGAUCAACAAAGACCUCAAGGGCACAGAUAGUGAUGACGAAAGUGUGGGGAUCAUCGCCAUUGAGAUCAUGCCCAUCAGCUUUAGAUUGACCGGACAAGCUUUGCUCAAGCAGGAAAUGUGCGCCGAAAUUGACAAAAUUCUGAAGCUGCAUGAGUGGGACAAAUUCGUGCUAAUAUCUCAUUCAUAUGGAUCCGUGGUAUCCACCCAUCUCCUACACACCCCGCAUAUCGCCGCAAAGAUUGGACCCAUCAUCCUCAUCGACCCGGUGACCUUUCUACUACAUCUCCCCGAUGUAGCGUUCAAUUUCCUGCACCGCAAACCUAGAGACUCCAACGAACAUCGCCUGCAAUAUUUCGCCUCCAACGACAUCGGUGUAGCUCACACUUUGUCGCGCCGUUUCUUUUGGAAGGAGAAUAUUGUGUGGAAGGAAGAUUUUGGUGAUCGACCGGUCACUGUCGUGUUGUGCGGAAAGGAUAUGAUCGUCAACACUGAGCAUAUUGGUGGUUAUCUCGCCGGAUCUGACGACGAACAUUACGAGAAAGGAGCGUGGAAGUCUCAAGCAUGGAAGGGAAAGGGAUUGGAUAUUCUAUGGUUUGAGAAACUCAAUCAUGCUGAGGUGUUUGAUCAGAGGACGACUAGAGUCAAGAUACUGAGAGUCAUCCGGGAGUAUUGUGUGAACCAAUAGAUUAGAAAUGCCACAAUGAAUCAUAUUCAAGGAACCUAG